AUGACGGCCGGCCUGUUCCACAUCUUCCGUGGGCUGCCGGGUGACGAGACGAUGUCCUGUGGGCGGAGCCUAUUAUCGAUCCGCGUCACUUGUCCGGCUUGUGUUAUUUCAUUCUGUGAGGACGGGCUGGUUGGUGGUGCCUUGUCGUUGUUGUUCACCCGUUCCCUUCCAAAGUUGAGGCCUCCGACACCUAUUGAAAAUGUGAAGGCAAAGAUUCAAGACAAGGAAGGAAUCCCACCGGAUCAGCAACGGCUAAUCUUUGCCGGAAAGCAGUUGGAAGAUGGACGCACUCUUUCUGAUUACAAUAUCCAGAAAGAAUCAACUCUUCACCUUGUUCUCCGUCUUCGAGGAGGAAUGCAGAUCUUUGUGAAGACUCUGACUCGGAAAACAAUCACUCUUGAAAACAAAUCGAGAACUGUGAAAGCCAAAGUUGGAGACAAGGGAAGGAAUCACCACGAAGAUCAGCAGCGGCUUAUUUGGGGUGGCCGGCAAGCAACUAGAAGAUGGCCGUACCCUUUCCGACUACAACAUUCAAAAGGAGUCAACCCUUCAUCUCGUGUUGCGUCUUCGAGGAGGAAUGCAAAUUUUCGAAAGCAGCUCGAAGACGGUCGUACCCUUUCUGAUUACAACAUCCAGAAGGAAUCAACUCUCCACCUGGUGCUCCGUCUCAGAGGAGGAAUGCAAAUCUUCGUCAAGACAUUGACCGGAAAGACCAUUACCCUUGAAGUUGAGGCGUCUGAUACCAUUGAGAAUGUGAAAGCGAAAAUUCAGGACAAGGAAGGAAUUCCACCUGAUCAACAGCGUCUUAUUUUCGCAGGAAAGCAACUUGAAGAUGGGCGUACACUCUCCGAUUAUAACAUUCAAAAGGAGUCAACCCUUCACCUUGUGCUCCGUCUUCGAGGAGGCAUGCAAAUUUUCGUAAAAACCUUGACAGGGAAGACCAUCACUUUGGAAGUGGAAGCCUCUGAUACAAUCGAGAAUGUGAAGGCGAAAAUUCAGGACAAGGAAGGAAUUCCACCAGAUCAGCAGCGUCUCAUCUUUGCCGGAAAGCAGCUUGAAGAUGGACGUACCCUCUCUGACUACAACAUCCAAAAGGAAUCAACCCUCCAUCUUGUGCUCCGUCUCCGAGGAGGAAUGCAAAUCUUCGUCAAGACUUUGACCGGAAAGACCAUUACCUUGGAAGUGGAGGCUUCUGACACAAUUGAAAAUGUCAAGGCUAAGAUUCAGGAUAAGGAAGGAAUCCCACCAGAUCAGCAACGACUCAUUUUUGCCGGCAAGCAGCUUGAGGAUGGCCGUACCCUUUCUGACUACAACAUCCAGAAGGAAUCCACCCUCCAUCUGGUACUUCGUCUUCGAGGAGGCAUGCAAAUUUUCGUGAAAACAUUGACUGGAAAGACCAUUACUUUGGAAGUGGAAGCCUCUGAUACAAUCGAGAAUGUGAAGGCGAAAAUUCAGGACAAGGAAGGAAUCCCACCAGAUCAGCAGCGGCUCAUCUUUGCAGGGAAACAACUUGAAGAUGGUCGUACCCUUUCGGACUACAACAUCCAAAAGGAAUCGACUCUUCAUCUAGUGCUCCGUCUUCGUGGAGGCAACGAAUGA